GUCCUGGGCUUAUCCGGCUCAGGCAAAUCGACCAUUAUUAAGAUUUUUUCCGAUUCAUCAAUCUACCACGUCUUUCUAUGAUUUACAUGAUUCAGAACAUGCAGGUUUCAUCCUUCUCUCCGCAAAAUACGAGUGUUCGUUCCGGGACCGAAACAAACGACAGCUUCAAGGCUGGAACUGAGGACCUCCCUUCCGUGUGCAAUGAAGUGACUUUGGAUCUCGGACAGAAAGAGUUACUUUUGGUCGAGAUGGACAAUCGGUGGAAAGAGGACGCGUGUGAUUUAACGGCCUUGAAGGGUAUCCUGUUCGUCGUCGACUUGAUCGCGUACGAUCAACUUUCUCCGGAACACUUCAACGUCAUGGGAAACGCCAUGAGAGAGUGGAAGUUUAUAAAUAAUUCCCAAUUGUUCAAGCACGUCCCUUUAGAAUUCGAUGGAGUGCCAGGCAUCGGCGAUGCCCAGGCUGGUCAUGAAUACUUCAUGGACUGCUUCGCGAGGCUGGCUAUCACCACAUUCGGUAGACAUGGGGAUCGGAGGAUAUACAUUCAUACAGCUAGCGAUACGGAUGCUUCUGGACUUCGCGCGCUUCUAGGCGCAAUUUCAGGUAUAGUGGAUGAUUACCUUGUAUCUAUCUCACCGUCGCUUACUGAUUCUUCAGAUCACAAGCGGCAUGCCGAAUACAAACCCGAGAUACAUGAUUAA